GGUAGACUGAAAUUACCAUGUGUCCAAAUUAAAAUUGCGUACUUCAAGGACUCUUUGAAGGACUAUUCUUAGACCCUCUUAAGAAGAUUUUUUAAAAAACCGCUCGGCCCUGAGUGCGGCAAGGGCCCAAUUCGUGGAUGUGGAAGAGCGUGGGCCGGAGGCCAUGGACGUGAAGGAGAGGAAGCCCUACCGCUCGCUGACCCGGCGCCGCGAUGCUGAGCGCCGCUACACCAGCUCCUCCGCAGACAGCGAAGAGGGCAAGGCCCCACAGAAGUCCUACAGCUCCAGUGAGACCCUGAAGGCCUAUGACCAAGAUGCCCGCCUAGCCUACGGCAGCCGCGUCAAGGACAUGGUACCGCAAGAGGCUGAGGAGUUCUGCCGCACAGGCACCAACUUCACCCUGCGUGAGCUGGGGCUCGGGGAGAUGACGCCCCCACAUGGGACCCUCUACCGGACAGACAUCGGCCUCCCACACUGCGGCUAUUCCAUGGGGGCUGGCUCCGAGGCGGACCUGGAAGCCGACACUGUGCUGUCCCCUGAACACCCCGUGCGCCUGUGGGGUCGGAGCACACGGUCAGGGCGCAGCUCCUGCCUGUCCAGCCGGGCCAACUCCAACCUCACGCUCACAGACACGGAGCACGAGAACACAGAGACCGAUCUUGUUGGUGGGGCCCUGAGGGACUCGGAGUCUACCUUGGUCACUGUCAGAGCCUAG